UCCCGGCCGCUCCCGCCCUCCGGCGGCUCGUCAGUCGCGGGGCUUCAAUUCUGCGGGACAGGGAGGCAAGCUGGUCUCCUUUAGCCUCGGACUGGGCGUGGCGAGGACCCAGGCUGGCGGCCCAAAGGCCCCGUCGCCCGUAAAGGGCCCUGGUGCACCUGCAGAAGCCCGGGUCCUCGCAGGUGGUGCCACUGUCUGGCGCGACCGUGACGUCAGCCGAGCGCAGGCGGCGAUUGGUUAGCAGUAUGUGGCGUGGACAGGCGCUGGCGUGGGCCAUUGGGCACGCUACCAGGGGGCGGGACUUGGGGGCGGUGCGCGCCGCGCACGGCGCUCAAAUGGGGCGCGCGCCCAAGACCUCCCGGGUCCCGAGUUUGAGGUUGGAGAACGCACCCCUCGGGGCGGCGCGGGAGCUACAAGGUGGCGCGAGGGGGCUGAGCGCCAGUGUUAGUACUCUUGGCCAGAGCAGACAUUUUGUAACGAUGCCGGAAAUACGUACUGACCAUCUCGAUGAGCAACAGGUUCAACUUCUGGCAGAGAUGUGUAUUCUUAUUGAUGAAAAUGACAAUAAAAUUGGGGCUGAUACCAAGAAGAACUGUCACCUGAAUGAAAACAUUGAGAAAGGGUUGUUGCACCGAGCUUUUAGUGUCUUCUUAUUCAAUACUGAAAAUAAGCUCCUGCUACAGCAGAGAUCAGAUGCUAAAAUUACCUUUCCAGGUUGUUUUACCAAUACUUGUUGUAGUCAUCCGUUAAGUAACCCACAUGAACUUGAAGAAAAUGAUGCCAUUGGAGUAAGAAGGGCGGCACAGAGGCGUUUAAAAGCUGAACUAGGAAUUCCUAUGGAAGAGGUUCCUCCAGAAGAAAUAAAUUAUCUAACACGAAUUCACUACAAAGCUCAAUCUGAUGGUAUUUGGGGUGAACAUGAGAUUGAUUACAUUUUAUUUGUGAGGAAGAAUGUAACUUUGAACCCAGAUCCCAAUGAGAUUAAAAGCUAUUGUUAUGUGACAAAAGAAGAACUGGAAGAACUUCUGAAAAAAGCAGCCAGUGGUGAAAUUAAGAUAACUCCAUGGUUUCAAAUUAUUGCAGAGACUUUUCUCUUUAAAUGGUGGGAUAACUUAAGUAAUUUGAAUCAGUUUGUUGACCAUGAGAAAAUACAUAGAAUGUGAAUGUACAGAUGAAUGACUAUUGAAUAUUUUCUCUAUGUAGUAAACUUAGAAUGUUUCUGUUUGUUUUAAAUUUGGGGUUCCCCACUAGAUCUCAUAAGAUACAUUGCUGUUUUUGGCAACCAGAAUUUCUGUGAGAAAAACAGCUGACUUAUAAUUUUGCAUUACAUACUGCAUACUCACUUAUAAAAGACAUUUAUGAGAUUAGUGUAAAAUGAGAGAGCAGAUGAGACCUAAUCUGUUCACAUGUGGCCAUGAGAAAUUGGAACAAGUAAAUGAAGCUGGUUUUUGACCUGUUGUAAUUCACAUUUUCAGAAUACUUCGCUAUUUGUCAGAUGCUUUAUGUAUUAUUGUUUUUAUGAUAGUCCAGGAAAAUACCCAAUUAACUUUCCAUAUUAACAGAUUAAACUGGCAAAGCAGGUUACAGGGAAAUUAAAAUAGUGUAUAAUCAUGCCUGCAUAAAAAAAUUCCAGGGGCAAGCACUGUGUUGCAGCAGGUUAAGCUACCACUUGGGAUGCCCACAUCCCAUAUCAGGUUGCCUGGUUCAAGUCCCAGCUACUCCAUGCUUCUGAUAGAACCUCUAUGUACCAUAGAGGCAACAGAUGGUGGCUGAAGUACUUGGGUUCCUGCCACCCAUGCAGAAGAUGCAGGGGGAGUUCCUAGAUCCCAGCUUCAGCUUGGCCCAGCCCAAGCUAUUGCAGGCAUUUGGGGAGUGAACCAGUGGAUGGACGAUCUCUGUUUCUGUUAUUCGGUCUUUCAAAUAAAUAAAUUUUUAAAAAAUAAAUAAAUGCAUUUCCCUGUU